CCCUGUGGAGAAACGCAUUCACCACUCGGUCCUCCUGAUUAUAUCACGUACGGCGUUCAGUUGGAGGAAGUUGUUGUUUUAAACUCGACAGUUUUUUUCUCCCCCCCCCCCCCCCCCCCUCUCUUGUUAAGUUUCUCGUGGGCUGGCGCCUGCCAGAUGCACCAUGUUUGCAGGAAAAAACAAGAAGCCGCCGAGCAAAGGCCAAGGCGCAGCAACUGCUAAAGAACUUGGCCUGUUUGUAGACUUCUCACCUGAGGAUAUGAUGAUGAAUACAUACGGGGAUGAUGAUGAUGACGACGGAGACCUGGAAGCAGAGUUAGCUGAAAUAACUGGAAAGAAGCCUGUCACUAAACCAAAGCCCAAAGGAAAAUUACCUUUGCCAAUGGACCAUAUAGAACAGAUGGCUGAGGAAUGUCUGAAGGAUAUAGAUGAAAAUGUUGAUGAUGAUGAUUUGGAAGAUGAUGAGGAACUCUUGGCAGAACUGAAGGAAAUGGUUCAGAAAGAGGAGGUGGUGGAAGAGGAGCAGAAACAAUUUGCAAAUCCCUCUGUUCCCACAGAGUCUGGUUUGGAUCCAGUGAAUCAAUGUACUGUCUCUCAGCCUCAGUCAAAUAUAGUUACUGUUAAUACUGGAUUACAAAAUACACUGGAAGACAGACUCCAGAUGUAUAGAAUUGCAAUUAGUAAUGCAAAGCAAACUGGAGAGACAUCAAAACUGAGGCGAUAUGAACGAGGAUUAAAGACGUUGCAGACACUGCUGGUUUCUGCAAAGAAGGGUAAAACGAUAGAGGAAGCAGAAAUUCCUCCCCCAGUUGCAACUGGUAAAAGCAGUGCCUCAGUACUCGAGUCUGAUAGUUUAAAUGCAAAAGAUUUGGAAGAUGGAAUAGCUGAAAUGCAUCAGGAUACCCUAACACCAGCAAAUGAGGUGCUUCUACCUAAACCAAGUGUUACUGCGUUACCUGUGAAGUCUUUAGUGCCUGAGCCUUCAAACAUUACAGCCUCUGUAACUCCUGUUCAGUCCGAGACUGUUGAUGUGUCCACUACUGAUACAGCACAUAAUGACAACCCAGGAAGUGGUGAAACAAAAACAAAAGUAUUAUUGUUUGGGAGACAGAAGGAGUAUAAACUGGCUGCACUGAGAGCAAAACAGGCGGGAGACAUCACACAAGCUAAAGAAUACAUGAAAAUCAGCAAAAAAUUUGAUGCUGUGAUAAAGGCUUUGGACAGCGGGGAGCCUGUGGAUCUGACUAACCUGCCACCAUCACCAACAGCUUUGACAGAUACUUCAGCCCAGGAAAAAUCACUCAAUCCUUCAAGUGUAGUAACUCUUCCGGAUCAGCAGGGAAAGGAUUUGAAAACUGAACAUCAAGUCACUGUAGAAUCCGGCCUACCUCCGCCACCUAAAGAUGUUAUAGAAGCUCUACAUCAAAGAAUGGAGAAAUAUAAGACAGCAGCAGCUCAAGCUAAAGCUGAUGGGAAUGACCGUAAAGCAAGGAUGCAUGAGAGAAUAGCAAAGCAAUAUCAAGAUGCCAUCAGAGCUCACAAAGUUGGAAGGAAAGUGGAUUUUUCAGAUCUUCCCAUACCACCAGGAUUUCCACCAAUACCAGGUGUGGAAGGAGCUUCUGGAGAUCGCAGCAUUGUUGGAACACUUGAAACUGCAUCCAGACUAGUGACUGCGGCAGUUGAGGAGGAGGAGGAGGAGGAGAAGCACGUGGUAGCAGAAGAUGAGCCAGCUACGCAACCUCCUGUUGCAAAGAAGCCAAUAAAGCUUCCAGGUCAUGGAGUACAAACAGCUGAACCAACACUGAUAUUACCAGUUGCAUCAGAGGAAGGACAAUCCCCAAAACCGUUAAAGAAGCCAACACCAAGUGAUCAUUUGAUUCAGCUCGGUUCAGUCGCUCAGCAACAAUUGGAAUUUCUUCAGAAUAGGAAGAAACUGUACAUGAAAGCUGCUUUACAAGCAAAACAAAAGAAGAGCCUGGAACAAGCGAAAAAUUUUCUUAGAAUCGCAAAAGGCUUUGAUCCAAUGAUUGUGGAUGUCCAAAGUGGAAAAUCAAUUGAUAUUUCAAAGGUUCCUUCACCUCCUGAUACUGAAGAUGAUGACAAUGAGUUUGUAAUGGUGUCUUACAAGGAUGUACAGAUUUCAGAAAAGAUGGAUGAAGUGUACACCCACCUUACAAACCUUCUGAAGGAGCAAUAUGAGGUACAUGAUUAUAAUAUACCAAGUCCACAUAAAACAAAUUCCAGUAGUACUGUGUACGUUAGAGAUGUCCUAGAGGACCUGAAUAAGAACAUUAGGCUAUUUAAGUAUUACUUUUCAGGGAUCAUAGCUGCAAUUUUUGAUGGUAGAAAAUCUACUGGUGGUCGAUUGGAACUAAAAGUUCAAAUCAGAGAACCUCUUAAUGGACAAGAUUUGCAAAUUAAUACAGAAAAAUGGCUGGUCCUUGAUCCAGCCACUAGGUCACAGGACUAAAGUAACUGCUUUAACUUAAGGUCAAAGAUAAAAUUUAUGCACUUUUUCAUGACUGCUACUGUAAAAGAACAGAAGAAUCCGUGAAUUGCUGCUAUUAGGAAUGCAAUAUACAUACAAAGCCAAAGAUGUGAAAUAUCUGUUUAAACCUUGUCUUUGUUGGAAACAUGCACGUUGAAAACUACCUUACCUUAAAGAAACAGGGCAGUGGAAUGUAGAAAAUCCACGAUUAUUAUAAAUAAAUAAACUUCCUAUAUUUUAAA